UAACUGAGCAUUGAUCUAUACGAGGACAUUUCUUUUAAGCAAAAGAAACAUGAAGGCAUAUUCGUGUCCUCGUCUUUAUAUCUUUGUCCAUCGUCUUGAUGCAGGACGACCCAUGCAUAGACCGAUCAGCAAUGGCACCGGCGGCACGCACGCUGCGUGCGCCUCGUGCAAGCACCAAAGGAAGAAGUGCAACGACAGCUGCGUGCUGUCUCCGUACUUCCCGGCGGAGAAAUCCCUGGAAUUCCAAGCCGUGCACAAGGUCUUUGGCGUCAGCAACGUCACCAAGAUGGUGCUUGGCGUGUGCAAGGAGGACCGGCAGCGGCUCGCCGACUCGCUCGUCUGGGAGGCCAGGCUCCGGCAGCAGGACCCAGUCCACGGCGCGUUCGGGGAGUACCAAAGGACACAAAACGAGCUCCAGUACUACAAGAGCUUGUACCAGAAUCAAGCGAUCCGAUGGCAACACUUGCAAGGGGAGCUCAGCAAGAGAAGCCACGGCACAGCACGCAGCCUCGUGGGGUGGAACAACAAGAGCACGAACGCGAUGGCGGGCGACCCUGGGACGAGCACGAACACCGAGGGGAGUUUCAAAGGAGGGGUCGUUCAUGGUACUGCCAUGAAUAGUACUUACGUGCGCGACAGUGGGAGCUGCAUAAUCGAUUCGAUCCCAUAUCAGGGGCAAAGUUUAGAAAAUUUGAAUCAAGAAAGAGAGAUUGCUUCUGGAAUCCCACCCCAACAGCAUGGUAUUAACGGGUUUAAUCAGCACUACUUCAUCUCAGGUACAUAGGAAGAAACCUGGAUCAGAAACUUGAUGAUAACAUCCAUGGAUGCACGAUGGAGGUCCCAAGAAUCUCACCUUUGUUGUCGUCUAGGGUUGUCGGACGGUUCUUUUGAAAUACAGGAAUAGUUAUACAACCUUCUACUGUUUCUAUUCUUUAUUUUUCUCUUUUAUUUUCCCAAGUUAUCGUCUCGAUUCAAUCGUAGAAUAGGCCUUAACACGUGUUUCUUUUGACUUCGAUUUUACAUCCUUUGUUUGGUGCUUCUACGAUUUGUUCAUCUGCCGAUGAUAUUGUGUGGCAAAACAGCAUAUGCAUAGAAUUAUAGCUCAUUUAGGGUCUGUUUGGUAAUGCUUUUGUUGCUCUGAUUCUUCCCGAAAAGAGAAAAAGAACAGAAAUUUGGUUGGUAAAUUCCGGGAAUAGAAACAGAUUUAGAACAGAAACAAGAAGAAAAAAAAAAUGUAGGGAACAAA